AUGCCGCCCAAGAAGAAGGACGCCAAGGCCGAACGCGGCAUGCAGAAAGCCGCGGAGAGGGAGAAGCAGAAAAUCGUCGAAGACAAAACGUUCGGCUUGAAGAAUAAAAACAAAAGCAAGGCCGUGCAAAAGUACAUCAAGGGCGUGCAGCAGCAAGUGAAGGGGCCGUUGAAAGGCGGCGAGCAAGCGCUCGUGGCGAAGAAGAAGGAGGAGCAGGAAAUGAAGAAGCGAACGGCUCAGCAGCAAGCGCUGUUGGCUUCGCUGUUCAAAGGGACAGAGAACGUCAAGAAAAUCGCUGAAGACUCGUGCACGGUGGGAACGUACGACCCGAAGGCUAGCAAGGAGGGACAGAAAAUCAGUCUGUACACCGACCAGAGACAGCAGAAACUGGAAACCAUGGACGACUGGGACCAGGAGAAACUGGAGCAAGUCAUCAAGACGAAACAUACGCGAGGCAACGAACAGAACGCGACGGAAAUCAUCUGCAAGCACUUCUUGGACGCUGUCGAAAAGAAACAAUACGGAUGGUUUUGGACGUGUCCGAAUGGUGGCGACGCAUGCAGAUACCGCCACUGUCUUCCCCCGGGCUACGUCCUGAAGCGUGACCAGCCGGUCCAGGAGGCGGACGAUGAGGAGCCGAUCGAAGUCAUUGUCGAGAGAGAACGAGCGGCUCUGCCCGCCGGCGGAACUCCCGUGACGCUCGAGACGUUCACCGCGUGGAAGCAGAAGAAGGAGCAAGAGCGCAUCGCCGCCGUGGAGGAGCAGAGACAGGCCGAGGCGAAGAAGGGCGGGAAUCGCGGGCUGCACGUGCUGACGGGGCGCGACUUGUUCCAGUACGACCCGUCCCUGUUCGUCGACGACGAAGGCGCUGCGGGCGAGGCGGACUACGAGGAAGACGAAGCUGCGUGGGAAGCAGUCAUCAACCAGAACCAAGAAACAAUCGAUCGAGCAAACCGCGAGGCGCAGGAUGGCCAAGACGCCGAAGAGUCGGACGGCGAGAGCGAGAAGAGAGAGGCGACGACUGGCGAUGACAGUCCCGGACCGCGAACAAUCAAAGAAGACCUCUUUCUGCAGGAAGACGACUUGCCUGACGACCUCGACGCGCUGGACGACUAA